AUGAGUGAGCAGCUCGUGGUAUGGGAAGAGCUAGCCCAAGCAUCAUCAAAUGAUACUUCUGCGAUUGAGCUGCCAAUUUUCAUGCGAGAUGUUGAAACCUUAGAUGGCGAAGAACUUUACCCGGAAUAUGGAGGAGUCUCGAUCAAGAGAAACAUCCGCUUUCCAAUAAGAGCUCCGUUUUUCGAACGUCUUGGUUUUCAUUUACAAACCGCUCGAUUUCCAAUCCCAAACAGUCAUAUAAAUCUUUCGAUGCUAUCGAAGAAUGCAGAAGUGUUCCUUGGCCUUGAAAAUGUCGCCGCUGUUUUAAAACCUAGCGAUGAUGAUAUCUAUCGACUAACCGACCAUCGAAUACGCGCCGUUGAUGGAGUCAAAUGUCACUUUGGUUUGCGAUACAGUUACGCUCCCCAAUGGAAGUUUCUUUCUCCUUACAUUGAAAAUAUCGACGGAAUCUUUCUUGAAGGACUUCAAUUACGGAAAAGCCAACGACUUCAGUUCGAUGAAAACAGACUCAUAAUCCGCUCGAAGCCUAUCUCGACCCGUUUCGGCUACGCUAGAAUCAUUUUACCUGUCAAUUUCUCUACACCAAGCAGUUUGAGCAGUGUCGAUGACUUUUGGAUUAAUCUGGACCCAAAUGAAGAGCGAAAUCAUAGAAGAUCAAUCAACUUCAAAUUGGAGCGAUACUCGACUCAUAAGAAUCUCGUUACGAAAAAAGCAGUGACGAUGAAAAGUCCAAAAGCGCUAGAAUUCAUCUCCGGGGCACUGGAACUGCAAUCCACUCAUGGCAGAGCAGCGUCACAAGCUACUGGUGUCAAAUUAACAUACAUGUGGCACCUGGGAACGGCGCAGUGGUAUGACGCGGUCAAAGUCUCGUACUACGGUGGAUGCGGAAAGCACUCUUUUGAGAUUCCCAUUUUCUUUGACUACUCGCCUUUGUACCUGCUUUCGCCUGAAAACGCGAUCACUGGCAUAAUCGCGCCCUUUUUGCUGCAAAUAGGCUUCAACCAGUUAAUGAACUUGAGACGAAGGAAGAAAAAAUACACUCGCGCUCAAGAACUGCCUGUUGCUGAAAUUAUCGACUCAAAGAAAGGCGAUUCCGUCCUCCUCGAUGAUUUCAAAUUGACCUCAGCAUUUGUAAACGACAAAAUCGACGUGCUUCGGCCGCUCUCUGGAAUCUUAGAGUACUCAAAGAUCCUCAACUGUCACAAGAUUUCCGCCUUGCCUGGUUUUCCGCGACUAAAUGAAAUUGAAGAAAAACAUUUUCUGAAAAUUUCAAUUGUAACUACUAAAGGCCGUUUUUGCUUAAAAAUUCCAGACGGUGCUAUUGUCGACUUGUCCGAAUUCUGUUGA